ACGCGGAGAGUUCGAGGACGUACGCUACUGAGGGAUUUAUACGAGCUAGAUCCAGUCGAGCGUGUCAAAGUAUCCAGUAAUAGCUUUGGUCAGCCUGUUGGAUCAGAAGCUCGCCUUUCAGCAGGAUACUUGGGCAUUCUAGCACGGAAUGCAAAUAUGUUGCCAAUUAACUUCAAGUCAUGGCAUAAAAUGCCCGAGAGUAACAAGAACCAAGCUCUCGAUAACAUUAAGGCGAGAUUUGCUCUAGAGGUCUCUGAUGCUUAUAUAAAGAAGGCAUUGGGAAAAAGAUGGAGAGACGAUAAGAGCACUUUAAAGAAAGACUAUUUUAAGACAAAAAUAACACUCGACGAGAAAUUACAAAAUGUCCCGCCGGGAAUGCUGAGGUACCAGUGGGAAGAGGUCGUUAGAUUUUGGACUUCGAAGAAAGGAGAGGUAUGUGCUACUACAAAAAUCUUGUAAUUAUUUUGGUUUAUUGUAUUUACUAUUGACGUACUAAUAAUUUCAUAACGUAGGAUCGUGAACGAGUUGGAAAAAGUAGUAGGCAGAAACAAAAAUUCACUCACACAGUUGGGUCGAAAAGUUUUGCUUCUGUAGCUCAGGCCGAGGUAUUUUAAAUUUUUUAAUACUGACAGAUAUUUAUUACUUUCUAUCAAAUAAUAUUUUUACUACUGUAUUGUAGGAACAGUCGUCUGGUCAAAAAGUUGGACGCCUUCAACUUUUUGACAUUACACAUAGGAAGAAAUAUGGAUCUCCAAUGACUCCUGAAGCUGCAGAAAUUAUGGAAAAACUAAAGGAUAAAAAGGCAGAGUAUGAAGCGAUUGCUUCCAGUGAUAGUUCUGUUCAUAUUGACGACAUUGAUAACCAGAUUAUCACUGAAGUUUUGGGUCCUGAAAGGUAUGGUCGGGUUCGAUUUCAAGGAUCUUUUGUUAACCCAUCCCAAUAUUUUGGAUCCAGCUCGCAACAAUACAUGCCUUCGGGGAGUCAGGCUCAAGCUGAAGUUCAAAUGUUAAGAGACCAGAUGGCUCAGAUGCAAGCGACAACAGUUGAGCAAAUUACACAACUUAAAGCGGAGGUAGCAUCGAGAGAAGCUGAGGUUCAACGAAAGUAUGAAGAACUCCAGCUGCAGCUUAAAGCAGAUGAGGCAGCAAGAGAAGCAGAGGCUGCAGCGAGGGAAGCAGAGCAGCAUAGAAAGUACGAUGAACUCCAGCAGCAGCUUCAGAAAAUGAUGAAGAUGUUUCAGCAAUCGCAACAGCCUCCGUCUUAGA